CACUGACAGGAGGAGCCAGAGGAAGGAGCUGGAGCGCGGGAUGGAAUCGGGCUGAAUGGCCUGGUCAGCUCCGGCCCUGGGGUCACAGGUUUUAUUUGUAAAGGGCAGGCAGAGACCAGGCGCGGUUUUGAAUUCGCGAUUUCCGAGCGGUUUGUGCCUCAGCGGCGACCCGUCCGCAGGUUUCCCCCCUCCUUCCCCGCGAGGCCGGCGCCAUGGAUCUGGAGCAAGAGCCGAAGGUUAAAGCGGCGGCACCGGCACCGGCCGAGCCGCCCAAGGCCGGAGAAGCGGCGGAGGGUGAGGUCUGCCCGCCGGACAGUCCGGCCGAGCAGCCGGGGCCCAGCGGCGCGGAGCCGGCGGCGGUGAGGGAAGAAGGAGAGGGGACGGAGGCGGAGGCCGGCGGCGGAGGAGGACAGGCCCAGGCCCAGGCCCAGGCCCAGGCGGACAAGAAGCCUGCGGCGCCUCGGGAAGGUGGUGCCGAGGAAGAGGAGGACGAUGAGGAAGGAGACGCCGUCCACCAGGCCAAAAAACUGCGGGUGGAGCCCGCCAGAGACAAAAAGGACAAGAAGCAGAAGGUGGACGAGGACGAAAUCCAGAAGAUGCAGAUCUUGGUUUCAUCCUUUUCAGAGGAGCAGUUAAACCGCUAUGAGAUGUAUCGUCGUUCUGCCUUUCCCAAAGCUGCCAUUAAAAGGCUAAUCCAGUCAAUCACAGGCUGCUCAGUAUCUCAAAAUGUCGUGAUUGCCAUGUCUGGUAUUUCCAAAGUGUUUGUGGGCGAAGUGAUGGAAGAAGCUCUGGAUGUCUGUGAAAAAUGGGGAGAAACUCCACCUUUGCAGCCAAAGCACAUGCGGGAGGCAGUGAGAAGACUUAAGUUACGCGGACAGAUUCCAAACACAAAGUACAAGAAGGUUACGUUUUAUUAACAAGAAUCCACCAUUAGUGAAUAUUCAAAUCUAUACAUAUUAUGGCAAUGUACAUAGAAUAUUUUAACUAUAAUGGGGGGGUGGUGCAGGGGCGGGGUGAAAAGCUUGUUUUCCUUCUAGAUCGGUCAAUCUUAAGUACUCUUACUUGAAACGGAUUUCAAAUUAUUACUUUGCUCAAUAAUGUUUUCAAAUUUGAAUAGGAACCAGAACAAAUUUGUGGUAAGCAAUUUUCUGGAGUCUAUAAAUGUUCAGCAGGCUGUUGAAUCACAUUCCCUUGCAGCAGACACUUAAUCUCUCACCUAUGCCCAAUUGCCAGUGUCUACUCCAUUACAAUACUCUGACAUGACACACAGCCACGGGGCAAGAGAUCCUAAAAUCAGCUGUUUAAUUUCUCUAUUUAGAUGGCUGAAAAUUUGUAAAUUUGAAAACUACAAAUUGGAUAGGAUUGUAUUUACAAUCUUGGCAGUUUAGUUUUUUUGUACAGUGUUUUGGAUAAAAUCAGUUGAGUUACAUAUUUAUGUACUAAAGUAACAAACAAACAAACUGUUGUAAGUCGUGUAUAGUAUUUCAUUGUUUCUGCUGUUUUGUACAGAUUAUAAGAAAUCUUGAUAAUAAAGCUCAUACAAAAUCAUCAA